CUGAACGCCUGCAUACUGUAUCUGAGCGGCUUGCAAAGGUUCCAAAGAGCUCACAGAAAGCUUACCAUUGUACGUAUUGCACUAUCUACGCGGUCUGGACGAUAGGUGCAGCAGUUUCAGACAGAUAGCCCUGUUCACCAUGGGCCUGUUCGCAGGCCUGCUUCGGCCACUGUAUCGCGGCUGGGCUCUAAUCGUGCUUCUCGCUGCUGUCGCCUACUCAUUUGUCCUGUCUCCUUAUUACGCCAAGCAGGCCGCACUCUCCUGCAGCCUUCACGACUUCACGGAAUUCGUCCUCGUCAGUUCGCGUGUCGUCACCCCCGACGGAGUCAUACCAGCUGCGAUCACUGUCCGUGAUGGCGUCAUCACAGCCGUUCAUGAAGGGACCUCUGUGGAAUCUCGACCAUCCGGCUUACCUGUGCUAGACUAUGGCGACGCUGUAAUUUCUCCAGGCCUAGUCGACGUCCACGUUCACCUGAACGAGCCUGGUCGGGAGGAAUGGGAGGGCUUCGUUACAGGCACACGGGCCGCUGCCGCUGGUGGUGUGACAACACUGGUGGACAUGCCCCUUAACUCCUACCCCACCACCACCACCAUUGAAGCGUUUGCAAUGAAGUAUAAGGCUGCCGAAUCUAAGAUUAUGGUGGACGUUGGCUUCUGGGCGGGCCUGGUGCCAGAAAACGCCAACGAUUUUCACCAACUUCAGCGCCUGGUUGACGCUGGCGUGCUGGGAUUCAAGUCGUUCAUGUGCCCAUCAGGCAUCGAUGACUUCCCACACACCAACGCCUCGCACUUUGAGAGCGCUCUCCCCGUCCUGGCUAAAGCCAAGCUGCCCCUGCUGAUCCACUCAGAAGUAGUCCCUCCCACCCCUGACUCCUCUGCACCUGCCUCCCACCUGAGCGACGACGCCACUGGCAGCAGCAGCAGCAGCAGUAUUGACAGUGGCACUGAUGAUAGCAGUGAGAGUGGCAGCAGUGGUGUAGGAGAGGAGGGGAAGGGUAUUCGGCUUGUGGUGGACAGUGAGGGGAGUUAUGAUGACGCACCAGGGAACAGCAGGACGGAGAAGGGAACAGUGAAGUUGGAUGGAGACCCGCGGGUGUAUGCAACCUAUGAGGCAUCCCGGCCUCCCAGCAUGGAGCGGGAGGCCAUUGCUCAGGUGCUGCAUGUGGCGCAGAGGACGGCAGCAGGGCAGCCGUGGGAAGGUGCAAGGCUGCACAUAGUUCACCUCGCUGACGCGCACUCUGUGCCCACCAUCCAGGCGGCCAAGGCAGCAGGGGCAGCGGUGACAGUGGAGACAUGUCCGCACUACCUUGCCUUUGCGUCCUCUGACGUCCCCCAUGGGGACACGCGGUUCAAGUGCGCGCCUCCCAUCCGCGGCGACACCAACCGCCGCAUGCUGUGGCAGGCACUCAUGGAGGGAGCCAUUGACAUGCUGUCGUCGGACCACUCGCCUAGCCACCCGUCCCUCAAGAACCUCGACACAGGCAACUUCCUCACUGCAUGGGGCGGCAUUGCAGGCCUGCAGCUGAGCCUGCCAGUGACAUGGACGCAUGGCCAGGCAUUCAACAUCUCCCUCAUGCAACUGGCGCGCAUGUGGAGCGACGCCCCUGCACAGCUAGCAGGAUUGCAGUCCAAAGGCUCCAUUGCACCUGGCAAGGACGCGGAUAUUGUUGUGUGGGACCCACAAGGCUCGUUUACUGUGGGCGAGGAGGUUGAAGUUUUUCAUCGCCAUGCGGUGACCCCGUACAAUGGCAGCACACUUCAAGGCCGUGUCAUGGGCACGUAUGUGAGGGGAAACCUUGUAUAUGCAGGGGAUAGGCACGCUAGCAAGGCAUGCGGGGUAAGGUUGCGGAAAUAGCCGAGUCUGGAUGUUGAACUUGAUAUAUUUCUUGAUGUACUAAGGUACACAAUUCUGUACAGCUAUUUGUAUGAUUACUACCAGCACUGCAA